AUGUGGAAAGCGUUGAAGUCAAAGAACAAAUUAAAGUUUGUUGAUGGUUCCAUUACUAAACCAGCAGAAGAAGACUCUUUGUUUGAGGCAUGGGAUAGGUGCAACACCUAUAUUGUGUCUUGGUUGAAUCUUUCUUUGAGUACAGAGAUAGCACAAAGUGUCAUGUGGAUGAACAAUGCUGCUGACAUCUGGAAUGCGCUGAAACACAGAGAGUGUGAUUGUGGCCUUGAUGUUGUGAGAAAGCAUAAAGAAGACAUGUGUGUAGUUAGGAUGCCAAGAGGCCUCAAUGAUCAAUAUGCUGUUGUAAGAUCACAGGUAAUGCUCAUGAAGCCACUUCCCGAUAUUGAUGCUGCGUUUUCAUUGCUUCUGCAGCAAGAACGACAAAAUGUGAAAUCACUAGAAUGUAGAAUCUUGAUAGCCAGCUCAGACACAAAGUCAAAUUAUGCCAUGAAUCCCCAAGCAAGCUCAAACACGAGAGGGGGAAGAGACUUCAGAAGUAGAGGUGGUAGAACCACUUAUGGAAGAGGUGGCCGAACUCAAGGAUACAAGCAGUGCAUCUUUUAUGGAAAAAGUGGUCACACUGAAGACACAUGUUAUAGAAAACAUGGUUUUCCACCCAAUUUGAGAACUGGAAAUGGAGGAAGCAUAAUCAACAAUAUAAUUGCUGAUGAGCAUGAUGAAAAAGUCAGCAAUACACCUCAGGAAGUUCAGCAUGACUCAAAGAUAUCAUUUUCUGCAAAUCAAAAGUUGGCAUUAUUGGUACUUCUAGAGAAGCAAAAACAAUAA